AUGUCGUGGAGAAGCAACGCACAACGAACGGGCAUGAAUGCUCAGCCCCUCGGAGGCGCUAGAAGAUGGGGAGGUGGCGGCGGCGGUGGCGGUGACGAUGGACCUUCCAACUCUGGGUCACCACCCUCCCACUAUCAACAGCCUCACCAGUAUCAGCAGUCCCAAUACCAGCAGUCCUCGUAUCAGCAGCAGCCACCGUCACACUCGUAUCGCGCACCGCCACCCCCUUCUUCCUCCACAUCCGAUCCGAGGCAGGCAGCGCUUGCAGCCGCUGCGGCCGUCGCUGCGAGCAUCGGCAUCAAGCGCGAUCGUGAUGCUCCGCCCUCCUACGCACCACCCACCCCCGCUGGCACAGACGGUGCCGAUGGCGGUCCUCGCAAGCGCAAGUCUCGCUGGGGCGAUGCCAACGACAAGAUCGCUGUCCCCACCGCCAUCUCCGCCAACGUAUCCGCCGAAGAGCUCGACAAGUACGCCAUCCAAGUGCGUCUCGACGAGAUCGCGCGCAAGCUGCGUUCCGGCGACUUCAUCCCACCCGACCGCGAGCGCUCGCCCUCCCCACCUCCCACCUACGACAACCAAGGACGUCGUACCAACACUCGCGAAGUGCGGUACCGCAAGAAGCUCGAAGACGAACGUCUCGCGCUCGUCGACCGUCAGCUCAAGCUCGACCCCAACUUCCGCCCGCCCUCCGACUACCUCGCGAUCAAACGCAACCAGCGGCCCACCGAGAAGGUGUAUCUGCCCAUCAAGGAGUUUCCGGAGAUCAACUUUUUCGGCCUGCUCGUGGGUCCACGUGGCAAUACGCUCAAGACGAUGGAGCGACAGAGUGGAGCCAAGAUCUCGAUCCGCGGCAAGGGAUCUGUCAAGGACGGCAAGGGCAAAGGUGGGGACGAGGAUGAGGAGGAGAUGCACUGUGUCGUGGCAGCGGACGACGAGGCGGCGGUGAAGAAGUGCAUUCGGCUCAUUAACCAGGUCAUCGAGACCGCCGCGUCGACGCCUGAAGGUGAGAACGAUCACAAGAGGAACCAGCUGCGCGAGCUCGCGGCGUUGAACGGCACGUUGAGGGACGACGAGAACCAACUGUGCAAGAACUGCGGCAACAAGGGUCAUCGUGCCUUUGAGUGUCCCGAGCAACGCAAUUGGACCGCGCACAUCAUUUGCCAUCGCUGUGGAGGGCAGGGGCAUUUGGCCCGGGAUUGCACGCAGGGUCGACAGGGAGGAUUUGGUGCAGGACCCAAUGGGCCGCCUGGUCCAGGAGGGCCGGCGCCUCCUGGCGGGACGGGCAACAGACAGUUCGAUUCGGACUACGCCAACCUCAUGGCUGAGCUGGGCGAGCCCGCUGCUGCCGGUGCGGGAGCUCCCAGUGCAGGUGCGCCCGGGCCAGGACUGGCAAACGGAAUGGGUGCACCCGGUGCAGUGGUCGGAGCAGACGGAAAGAAGAUCUCACCCUGGCGCAAUCCUGAGGUGUGGACGCAACCCGGCUUCGGCGCUCCUCGCGGCGGCGACGGCGGCCCACCCGGUCGUGGAGGCUGGGGUCACCGUGGCGGGUACGCCAACCGAGGCGACCGCGGGGGCUACCACAACGCCCAACCGCACCAAUCGUAUCCGUAUCAACAACAGCAGCAACAGCAGCAACAAGCGUAUCCGGGAUACGACGCAUCCGCAGGCGCAGGCGAGGCAGAGGGGCAGAAGGACUACUCGGCAGAGUGGGCGGCGUACUACGCUGCGCAAGCGGCGGCGGGUGCUGGAGCGCAGGGUGCGGGCGCACAAGGGGCAGAAGGGACCGCGGCGGGCGCAGACGGCAUGGACUAUACCAAGGAGUGGGAGGAGUACUACCGGAUGCAGGCGGCGGCCGCUGCUCAGGAUGGGGCUGCGUACGGUGGGGCGCAGGCUUGA